UUCAAUGUAUGACUCGAGUCAGCGCGGGUUAGUCUCAAGUGACAAUAAAGACCACUGAGAUCUGGAGAUCUGAUAAUUAUUACACCUCAUCCUUAAUUCACGUAUUCUCCUACACACUAAAGAGUGCGAUAGAUAUUUCCCGCACUGUGAGACCGUGGACAUUUGGCUCAGCUGCGUGAAAAAUACUCGAAACAACGAACCUUCGAACUGAGACACUGGAUCUGUAACUCUCAGCCGCCUUAGUCCUGCUCGCCUCGCCACUGCCGCGUGGUUACAAGACAGCGGGCGGCCGCGUACUAGUUUCCUCAGUACUUGUGCGUCCGUAGCAAUACCGUGUGCUGUAAACUGAACGAAGAGACUCAUUCAGUUUUUGGUCGCCUCUCCAUUAUCUCGUGGUGACGUAAAGGUGACGGCCCGUGUGUUAGUUUCCCCGGUAAUUGUGCCUCCGUAACAUUACUGUGUGCAGUGGUCGUGAGAACUGCGGGGCGGCGGUGUAGACUGUGCCGUGGAGAGUCGCGGGGUGUUGGAAUCGCCUCCCAGUCUCCUUAAAGGCGUCAUAUUCCCUCCCUGCUCUGAUCGGUGUGUCUUCCUGUCGAUGUUGACAGGACCUGCGGGAGGGUGAAGAGCGCAAGGAGUUGACUGAUCCCAGCAUGCGGACGUGCCUGAAGCCUGACCCGAGCGGGGCGCGUCUCACUCUUGACCCAGCGCAAGGCUCCGACACCGCCACCUACAAGUGCCGGGUGGACUUUGAAAUGUCGUCCACCCGCUCCACCCUCGUCACCCUCACUGUGUACGUCGUGCCGUCGUGCCUGGUGCUCCUGGACACUGGAUGGAGUCCUGUCCACGGCGGGGUGUUGAGGUCACUGAUCGAGGGUGACCCGCUGACCCUGCAGUGCACCGCAUCGGGGGUGCAGUCUUGCAAGGAAAAUCACUGUCGCGCCCGUGAGGGAGUAAUGCAGUGAGUGUUGGGGGAUAUGGCGUGGCGGUGACUCGUGGCGGGAAUAGUACGUGCGGGUUAACGCAACGCGCCACCCCGCCAUCCCUCACUCACCCCGAGGCGUCUAGUAAAAUCCGGCCAUUUGUUCAGCGGCAGCAACGGAAUACGGGGAGGCGGCAACACACCCCAUGUGAUGCAGCACACAGGGGGGAAGGAAAUAUGAAAACAGCAUUUGUUCGCCACGGUACAACAAAGCGCCAGCAGCACAAACCACGCUCCCCGCCGCUGACGGAGCCAACACACAGCCCGGCCUGGAAUCACAAUGUAGACAUUAAGUGUAUUGUAGCGUAUCUGAGCCGCGGGGAGCCGAAAGAUGGUACGCACAGGUAAUGCUUUUGUGUCAAGAGCAGCGUAAUGGUAUCCAGCAGAGCAGCGGGCGAGGCGGGACCCUUACACUGCAAGGAGGAGGAGGAGGAGGAGAGAAUAGGAAAGCACUGAACGGUAUAAAUAAAUCCAGAUGGGAAGUGGAAAAUGGGAAGUGGGAGAGAGAGAGAGAGAGAGAGAGAGAGAGAGAGAGAGAGAGAGAGAGAGAGAGAGAGAGAGAGAGAGAGAGAGAG